CUCAGUCCCGACCCGGCGCCCUCGAGCGCGGCCCGACCGAGCGCGAGCCCCGCUCUGUGCCCGUGUGUUGCGAUGAAGCAACAUAAAGAAAAUACCGUAAGAUCGUAUAAUGCUAAAGUUACCCAAAGGCCUUAAAAAGAAGAAAAAGGGUAAAAAAUCUAAACGUAAAGGAGAAGAAGAACUAUUCACCGAGGAAGAGCUAGAAAAGUAUAGGAGAGAACAUCAACAACAAGCAGACAGUGAAGGGUCGGUAAAAGAAAAUGAAGAAUGGUCAAAAUUCAAAGAUUUGACGACGGGUGUUGACUCUAUUCUUAAAAAAACACAAGGAGAUCUUGAUCGAAUAAAAUCUACAUCCUUUUUUCAACGCGUACCUGCGGGUUCUAAAGAAGUUGAACCAGCUGAAAAAGAGAAACCACAAAGACCAGUUGUUGAAGUAACUGAAGCAGAUUUUCCCCAUUUAGCUGCAGCAGCAGCGGCUGCAGCUGAGGCCGAAAACGGAGAAAAGAGUGAUUACGGCCUUACUGAUGACGAAUCCGAAGACGAAGACGAUCAAGACGAUAUUUUUGACACUUCUUAUGUGGAUGCUGUAGAACGUGGAGAAGUAAAACUAGCUUAUGUCCCAGACUCACCAGAAGAAUUUCAAGACGACGAUAUUUUUGAUACUUCUCACGUAGACGCUCUUAUAAAAGGCCAAGAAUCAAAAACUUCAAAAGGAAAGAAAGGCUUGGAUAUUGGAGUAGCUGUUGAGGUACUUACUGGCCGUAUAGAUAAUGUCACUGUUACAACGAAAAGAUCAAAAAGGAUUAUCCCUGGUGACUUGUUGUUGGAAAGCGUAGACAGUGAAAUAACACCAUUAAAAACAGUAAGCGCAAGUGAGCCUGUAGAAAAAAGUAUAUUGGACAUCGAUACUGAUAUACCAAUAUCUACACCUAUUGACUUAAGCGUUUCUUUACACACUGCACUAAUACAGCAACAGAAAAAAGAUAUAAGUCAAGAAGAUUUACCUGCUGCUGUUAGUGAAGAAGAUACAAAAAAAGGAUUAGAGGAAACAGAAAUAGAUGAAUUUACCUUAUUAGCUGCGGAAUCAUUGGAAGUCAAAGCGUCAGUUACUAAAUUAGAAGAGAAAGAAAUUAAAGUAGAACCAGUAUUACAGGAAUCGUGGUCAGCAUUUGAAGCUGACAAGAACGAAACUGUUUUUGCUGAAGGAAUAGUUGAAGAUCAACUUGAUGUAUUAGACCCAUAUAUUGAUCAAGACGAUCCUUUUGAUACGAGUUUUGCAGACGCCGUUGUUCCAACAUCGCGUUUUGAACAAAUAAAACAAGAAGCAGUUAUAUUAGAAGACGACGACGAUUUCGAUCCUCGUGCGGAGGAAGUACAGAAUAGACUUAAUAAUAGACGCAAGUCUUCUGUUAGAAUCCACUUAACGAAUCCCUCGGGUAUAAGAGAAUCUAUCACAUCUGAUGAUAUUGUAGAUAAUGAAGAAAACAAAAGCUCACGUGACCUACUAGGAGGAAGUACAACUGAUUUGACACAGCUUGGUGAUUCUCCUUUAGACCCUGUCGAUAUUAACAAUACUGAAAUUGAUCCAUUUGAUACAACUAUUGUUGAUAAAAUUGUUGCUCCUGGAAAGAUCGAACUAAAGCUUCUAGAACAAGAGUUAAUCGGAGCUUGUCCGUCAGUGCCAAUUUAUCGUGUACCGAGUGAUCCCGAUUUUGAUCCCCGAGCAGAUGAACCUAAGAAAGUAGAAAGAAGAGCUUCUCGGCCUGAAAAUUUAUCAGUUAGUAAAAGUGUGGGUUUUGACGUCGAUGGGGAAGAAAAUUCACAUUUAGAUAUUAAAUCAAAGCCAGUUAAACCGUUAACUCCAUACUAUACACGCGAAGUAUCGAUAACUGAGGAUCUAAACGAAGAAGUCGAGAAUACUGAUAAAGUUGGUGAUGUGCUAACGCGAACACGCUCAGAGGAAGAACUAGCAACAAAUAUAACGUAUCAAGCUAAAAGAAGACAUUCCGAAUAUCCUCAGACCAAUCUAAAUAAAAGUAGCUUUAAAGCAAGUGAUCUUCUACACGAUCACACAAGUGUUAUUGAAGCUAAAGUUUUGACACCACUGGGUCCUAAGCCUACGGAAGACUUUUCUUCACAGGUAGAAUCAGAUCCUUUUGACACGUCUUUUGCUACUGAUAUAAAACCUAGCAAAACAGAGUUAAAACUUUUAGCAAAAGAAUUUUCUUGCGAUAAUACAGCUGAGUUUCAAGUCGAAGGUGAAACUGAUUUGCUAGAACCUGCUGAUGAUAUUUUUCAAGUAAAAGCAUUAACACCUGAACCAUCUGAUACGACACGUACUUCACAAGACGACUUUGACCCAUUUGAUACUUCGUUUGCUGGUGACCUUAACCCAGGAAGAACAGAACUCAAAUUACUUGAUAUGACUGAACCGGCAGCGCCCGUAACAACUGAGGUGCUUAAUCCGUUUAUGAUGUCUGAGUCGGAAACAUCUAAUUUUACACCUGGUGAUAAUCCAUUCGCGACUAGUAACCCAUUUUCGAAUUUUGAAAAUAGCUAUGAACCACCUGUUGGAGAUACAGUGCCUGUUGAUAUUUUUGUCGGAGCGGAACCAACAGGAAUCGGAGCAAAGCAAUUCGAUGAAACUCAUUCAAUGGACGUGUUUGGAAAUCUAUCAAUGGACAACGACCGCCUGGUAAAGCCAACUGAACUUGAGUUAGUCUCUACAAUGGUAGAUUGCAGUUAUCCUGAGGAUGAGGAAGUUAAAGACGCUCAGUUACCAACACGCCCGCUCCCUCCUGAAACACAAAACCUUAUUUUGACCGUUACUGGUCAAAUGGAAUUCACUAGUUCCCAUUUACUUGAUCGAAUCCCACCAACACGGACACCAAGUCCAGUGUCAGUACGUGAUAUACAUUCACCAAGUCCGACUCCCGAACCUGAUUUGAUGGAAGAAAACUCAUCAAUUGUAGAUGCCAAUCGAAAUAAACCUGCAAGACCACCUCCGGCGCGUCCACCUCGCCCUGCACCACCACCGAGACCACAACCACCUCCAGUAACCACACAAGCUGCCAGUGACGAUAUAAACUUAUUUGAUGCUCCAGCACCGACUGUCGUUAAGCCUACAAAAGAAGCAAUUUUAAGUUUAUAUUCAGCACCAAAAAAGGAAGAAAAGCAAAUUGAUUUUCUGAGCGAUGAUAUUCCAGAGUUGACAACGGAGGCAGAAUUAAAAUCUAUGGAUACAAUGUUCCCAGGUCUUACUGCGUCUUCAACUAAUGAAUCUUCUAAUUUGUUGUUUAAUCAACCAGACUCUACAAUGACAGGCAGCAUGACAGAGUCUGAGACACAAAAUUCUGCACAAGAGGUGCAAAAAACAAAUAUUGUAGACGAUACUAUGGCUCCAAUGGACUGUUCCGAGCCAUCAGUGGAAGUGAAUACUGCUUCAUUAAGUGCUUCACCAUUUGCUGAUAUCACGGAUGAUAGUAGUUAUCAAAUGUUACAAGGAAACGAACAUGAAAAAAAUCCAUUUGAAUUUAGUAAUGCUGCGGAAGCGGAUACAUCUGCCAUGAAAUCUGAAGACGUAACUAUGGCAUCGAACACUGAAGUUGUAUUCGAUACAAACGAAACCUUCAUAACUACGCCACAGUCUACAGCUCAUGAACCACAAAUGGAUGUGUUUGGUACUAUGGUGAAGGACACGUUUGCAGAAACACAAACAAAUAUUUUUGGUACCGAAUCAGAAAAUACUCAGAUCGAUCAACCUGCAUCUAAUACAGACUUAGGUUGGAAUGCAAACGAGACCAUGGUACAAGAUGCUUUCCCCGAGUCGCAGGAUGCCUUUGAUGCAUUUUCGGCAAAAUUCGAUUCAGCGAGUGGAAAUCAUAUGAACACAGAUGCGUGGGGCGACGACGGUACUUCGGACGCAGGUCCCGGAGGUUUCGAAGCGGAAGCUUUCGAUCCAUUCUUGAGCAUGGGCGCACCGCCUCCGCCCGCCGCCACGCCACGCCUCGAGCACCAGGCGUCGGGCGAGUCCACGGACGACACGUUCUCCGUAUUUAUAAGGCCCAAGGACAGUGAGUCUGGGGGCGCGGAGUCCGCGGUGCCAGUUCUGGCGCCUCCACCUCGGCCGCAGGUGUUGCCGGAGUCACCGCGAGUAAAUCCCUUCGACAAGAAUGGAAUGGAGCCGAUACAACAAAGAAUCGACUUCGACCAAGAGGAGCCGCGGGCGCGGGCGGGCAGCGGGGGCGAGACGCCGCCCACGCCGCUGUUCGACGACGACGUGUCGGCGCCGCUCGAGACCUUCCCGCGCACCGCCUACAGCGGGCCCGGCUGGGAGAUGCACCUGCGCCAGCCCAACAAGAAGAAGAUCACCGGACAGAGGUUCUGGAAGAAGGUGUUCGUGCGGCUGACGUACCAGGGCGACAACCCCGUGGUGCAGCUGCUGAACAGCGCGACGGACAAGGAGCCGCUGCAGGAGCUGCCGCUGCAGGCGUGCUACUCCGUGUCCGAGGUGGGCGCGCAGCAGUUCGACCAGUUCGGCAAGAUCUUCACCGUCAAGCUGCAGUACAUCUUCUACAAGGAGCGCCCUGGAGUGAGGCCGGGGCAGGUGACGAAGGCGGAGCGCAUCACGAACAAGCUGUCGCAGUUCGCGGCGUACGCGAUCCAGGGCGACUACCAGGGCGUCAAGGAGUUCGGCAGCGACCUGCGCAAGCUCGGCCUGCCCGUCGAGCACGCGCCGCAGGUGUCGCAGCUGUUCAAGCUGGGCUCGCUGAGCUACGAGGACGUGAAGCAGUUCUCGUGCUGCGUGGAGGAGGCGCUGUUCCGCCUCGCCGCGCACCGCGACCGCGCGCUCACCUACAAGAUGGAGGAGGUGCAAAUAACGGCGGUGGAUGAGCUGUACGUAGAGCAGGACGCAGAGGGCUCAGUUCUGAAGCAGGUCGCGCGCGUCAGACUGUUCUUCCUGGGCUUUCUCAGCGGCAUGCCCGACGUGGAGCUGGGCGUGAACGACCUGCGGCGCCAGGGCCGCGAGGUGGUGGGGCGGCACGACAUCAUCCCCGUCGCCACCGAGGAGUGGAUCCGCGUCGAGGACGCGCAGUUCCACGCCUGCGUGCAGCCCGAGGCCUUCGCCGAGUCGCAGAUCAUCAAGUUCAAGCCGCCGGACGCGUGCUACAUCGAGCUGAUGCGGUUCCGUGUGCGUCCGCCCAAGAACCGCGAGCUGCCGCUGCAACUCAAGGCGGUCUGGUGCGUCACCGGAAACAAGGUGGAGCUGCGCGCAGACGCGCUGGUACCGGGUUUCGCAUCGCGUAAGCUGGGCCAGGUGCCCUGCGAGGAUGUCGCCAUCCGCUUCCCCAUUCCCGAGUGCUGGAUCUACCUCUUCCGCGUCGAGAAGCACUUCCGAUACGGAUCCGUCAAGUCCGCGCACAGACGCACGGGCAAGAUCAAGGGCAUCGAGCGCUUCCUGGGCGCCGUGGACACGCUGCAGGAGUCGCUGAUCGAGGUGACGUCGGGGCAGGCCAAGUACGAGCACCAGCACCGCGCCAUCGUGUGGCGCAUGCCGCGCCUGCCCAAGGAGGGCCAGGGCGCGUACACGACGCACAACCUGGUGUGCCGCAUGGCGCUGACGUCGUACGACCAGAUCCCCGAGGAGCUGGCGCGCUGGGCGCACGUGGAGUUCACGAUGCCCGCCACGCAGGUGUCGCACACCACCGUGCGCUCCGUGUCGCUGCAGGAGCACGACGGCGACCCGCCCGAGAAGUACGUGCGCUACCUGGCGCGCCACGAGUACAUAGUGGGUAUCGAGCGCACAUCAGGCCAGACGGUGGCGGCGUACUCGCUGGCGGCCAGUAAGGAGCCCGAACCUGCGCGAGCCGAGCCAAUCAAAGAAGCCCCGCGCGAGCCCUCUUCGGACUCCGACUCGGACUAG